AUGGAACCUAAAAAUUAUGCGGCUUUGCGUUCUUUAUUAAAAAAAGAACAAGGAGAAAAAAUUGCCCCUUACGUUUUUAAGUUAGAAAAUAUUCAAACUUUACAAAGUUAUUUACAGAAAGAAAGAAUUAAAUAUGAAACUUAUCAAGAAAUUGCUGAAAAUGAAGUUGAUUUCAAUGAUGAAGAUUUGAAAUUAGAACAAGCCUACCAAGAAAUCAAAGAGGAAAAGAAAACAAGAAAAGACAAAGUAGUAAAAGUCAGAAAGUUAGAAGCCCAAAAAGACCGUCCAGUGGUCAUUCUUUCUAACGACAAGCAAAACCAAUAUAGCGAAGAAGUAAUAGUGGCUUUAAUUAGUUCGCAAUUAGAUAAAGUUUAUUAUUUUGAACCGGAAAUAUCUUUAAAAAAGCCAAGUAAAAUAUUGACUGAUCAGAUUUUAACUAUUGAUAAGAGUAGAUUGGGAGAAAAAAUUACUUCUCUAAAUUCUAAUGAAAUAUUAAAAUUAGAAAAGGCUUUGCAUGCAGUGCUUA